AUGAAAGUUGCAGUACUGAUACUGCUGUUUGCCAUAGUUUGUGUCCAAAAUGGCACAUUUGGACAGCAGAAAUCUACGACAAAGCCAACCACUAAAAUAAGAACCAGCAGCAACAAAGGGGCGGUUUCCGGGAAACUUUCUCAAACCACCAAAUCGAGUCAAGCCAUGAAGCAGUCUACGACGAAAAAGGUAUCAGUUACCACUUUGAAAAAAGGUGUUACAACCCGAAAGAGUCAAGCCAUGAAGCAGUCUACGACGAAAAAGGUACCAGUUACCACUUUGAAAAAAGGAGUUACAACCCGAAAGAGUCAAGCCAUGAAACAGAGCACAACAACAAAGAAAACUCCUACAACAACCACAAGAAAAGUCACAACACCAAAGACAGGAAAACUGAGCACUACAACUGAGUUUAAAUUUGAUCGUUCCUGGUUGCGAUCAUUGAAACAACCAACAUUCCACCUUAUACUUCCAAACGAAGAGCCGGAAAACAGAACAACGUCUUCCGUUGCCCCAGCCGAAACGUCACCGGUGAUCACAACAGAAACUACGACAGAGACGGAAACCCCAACCUUGGAGACAACACUGGCCGAUUCGAUGGAAGCGGAAUCAAGGGAAGAUGAACAAUCGACGGAGCAGACAAUGGCGAGCACUCAGGAAUCGUCUGUAGCAGCAGAAACCGAAGAGGCGUUUACGGAAGCUGUCACAGAAACUUCGUCGUCAUCGCAACCAAUGAAUGAUGGUCAACUAGUGACAACCACACGGAGGAAGCUACUCAAACGCAAGAAGACUACCCCUAUGCCGAUUUCGACGACAAAAACGGGUAGGAAACUGUUGAAACGGAAGAUUACAACCACUACGGAACCGAUGAUGUAUUGAAAACUGUCUGAGAAUCAAAGAGCAAACUGA